GGUGUGGAAAAGGGGAGUUUUUUGUGUUUCUGUUGCCAGCUGGGUACGCUCCAUUGCGCUUUGUCAUUGACUUUUAGUAAGGAUAUUGGACUCAGAUAUGUUUAUAAUAUCGCUUGAAGUAGAAAAUAUACUCACUGAGAACAUAUACUCACUACCUUGAGGGGUUGGUAAGAGCGGGUUUUAAUUUUAGCGAUGGAAAGCUUAUUUAAGGAAGAACAGUGAGGCGUCAUUUAAGUGUGAAUUUUGGAAUGGGACGCGGUCAGAGGGAUCGUAGCCGCUCUUUUAAUUACGACACGGUAAGGAGCAAAAAAGUGGUCAGGGCACCAGGAUACAAUUAAACCGAAGCAUUAGCAGCGCGGACGAGUAAAAGAGUGAAGUGAGCCUAGGCUGCGGGAAUUCACUGUUUCGAUCAGUUCAUUUGUAACCAUCCGUUGCCGCAGGCUCCCACGGACACGAUGGUUUCCGAACCUCGGAGCGGAAUGUGUGGAGUAGCUUCAAGUGAACAGAAAUGAGCUGUGUUUGCCACGGACGAGCGUAGGCAGCGCCUCUGUGGAAAGCGGACUCAGUGUUUCUAUUGUGUUAUAAAGUCGAGCGGCGCACAAGAUGGUUCAUCCUCCGCUGGAGUUCAGCGACUGCUAUCUGGACAGUCCGGAUUUCAGAGAGACUCUCAAGUGCUACGAGUUGGAGCUGGAGAGGACAAACAAAUUCCUCAAAGAAGUGAUCAAAGACGGGAAUAGUGUGAUCACUGCAAUCAAGGGAUACUCAUUGGCAGUGCAGAAGUUUUCCCAGACUCUCAGUGUGUUCCAGUUCGACUUCAUCGGCGAUUCGCUGACGGAUGAUGAGAUUAACAUUGCGCAGUCAUUCCAGGAGUUUGCCGGACUUCUGCAGGAAGUGGAGCACGACAGGAUGAUGCUGGUUCAGAAUGCAUCAGAUCUACUCAUCAAGCCCUUGGAGAAGUUCAGAAAGGAGCAAAUAGGAGUAACAAAAGAAAAGAAAAAGAAGUUUGAUAAAGAGAGUGAAAAAUAUUACUCCCAAUUAGACAAACACUUGAAUCUCUCUGCCAAGAAGAGAGAGACUCAGCUUCAAGAGGCUGAUGAACUACUAGAUAAAGAGCGCGCAAACUUCUAUGAAUCUUCAGUCGAGUACGUAUACCAGAUACACCAGGUUCAGGACAGGAAGAAGUUUGACGUGGUGGAGCCGGUGCUGGCGUUUCUUCACAGCAUUUUAACACUUAACAACCUGACAGUGGAGAUGACUCAGGACUUCAUGCCUUACAAGCAGGAACUGCAGCUAAGCUUGCAGAACACAAGAAACCACUAUGAAAGCACUUGUGAGGAGUUGGAGGAGCUAAUGAAAAGGAUGAAACGGCCUUCCCAGAUCUAUAAAAUGCACAAUUUUCCAAUGAAGGGUUAUUUGUACUGUCAGGAGAAGCGGGCUCUGGGUAUGACAUGGGUCAAAUAUUAUUGUAAGUAUCAGAAAGAGGGGAGAGUGCUAGUCAUGGUACCUUGUGAACAGAAGACUACGACUAAACAGGGCCCCAUACAGCUCACACUGAAAUCCUGCAUCCGCCGGAAGACAGAAUCCAUAGAUAAGCGCUUUUGCUUUGACGUGGAAACCAUCGAGAGAAACACGCCAGUCACUUUCCAAGCUCUUUCGGAGGGAGACAGGAAGUUGUGGAUGGAGGCCAUGGAUGGAAAAGAGCCUAUUUAUCAUUCACCAAUUCACAAGCAAGCUGAAAUGGAACUGAAUGAAACUGGAUUCAAGUUUGUGCGAAAGUGCAUCAAUUACAUUGAAACAAAAGGAGCCACACAGGAAGGAGUGUACAGGACGGUUGGCAGCAACAUCCAAGUGCAGAAGCUUUUAAACGCCUUCUUCGACCCUGCAAACCCAGGAGAUGUGGAUCUCCACAGCAGCGACUGGGAUGUUAAAACAGUCACAAGUGCUUUGAAGUUUUAUCUCAGGAGUUUGUCUGAACCUCUAAUGACCUACAGUCUGCACAGAGACCUCAUGUGUGCUGCAAAGUCAGAUAAUCUGGACAUUCGACUGAGUGAAAUCCAUUCACUUACCUACAAGCUGCCAGAGAAGAAUCGGGAGAUGCUGGAGAUGCUUAUAAAGCACUUGGUGAACGUGUGCAGCCACAGCGACGAAAACCUGAUGACUUCUUCAAAUAUGGCGGUUAUCUUUGGGCCCACGCUAAUGAGAGCAAAGGAGGAAACUGUGGCGGCCAUGCUGGAUAUCAAGUUCCAAAAUAUCGUGGUUGAGAUUCUGAUAGAGCACUGCAAAAAGAUCUUCAGUCAUAUGCCAGAGGACAGCACUGCCCCACCUGUCCCACCCCCGCGGAUCAACCCGAGAAAACGGCAACCCAUCACAAUCUCCAAGCGACCGGCUCGUGUUUAUCAAGCUCUUAGUCACGAGCUUUACCAGCACACUGAGAAUGGUCAGAGUGACAAUUCCAACGUGGAUGGUGAAAACCCAGUGAGCCCCACUCCCAUACAGCGUCAGAAGAGACAAGCAUUAGUACCCAAAGCAGCUAUCCGUCAAGACAGGCAACCAGAAUCUGAUGCUUCUUCAGCAGGAAAUGGGGAGCCUGGGAUCUACGUGAGCAGGGUGCCAUCCUUUCAGGGCAAAAAAACACCUGCAAAAGGGGCAACCACCAAAGAAGGAGAUUCUGAUGGUCUGACCAGAACAAGGUCCACGGAGAAACAGCAGAUUUGUAGACCCCCAGUUAGGCCUCCUGAGCCACCGUCCAGGUUCCCCGCUCCACAAAAGCUUCCAACUGCAGCCAGCAGUGAGGGCACAACCACAUCCUACGUUGCAUCUAAAACAAAGUUUUUUGAAAACGCCUCCAGGCAAGUCGGCAGUCCAGCGGGUUCAUCAUCAACAUCGGCAGCAACGACGGUAAAAAAAGAGGAAUUUAAGUGAGGAAGAUGUGGCUGACAUCAUGUGACCUGUAGGAGCCCAUCAAGCUGGAGGGAGUCACCACUAAUGAACUUAAAUCGAUCCAGUUUGUGUAAAAAUAGACUGAGGAAAUAGCUCUUAAUUGAAUUACUUGGUGUAAGGAUCUUGUUGUGAAGCGAGCUCCUUUUUAAGGAGUUCGCAAAGUUACUGGUUCUGUGUUCAGUUAGCAUUCCAAAGUUAGGCUGGAGUAAAAAUAAUUUACCUUUGUUUAUUUUGUUAAAUAAAAUCUCUCUAGUCCUUUUACAAUGUUUAAUAGUUUGAUUUGGUCAUGACACCAACUGUGUUUGUCGGGGUAAACUGCAGUGCUGGUUAUAACUUGUUGCUAACACAAAUCUCCCAAAGAAAAUUAAUUAAUUUAAAACUGCCUAAAUUAGUUUAAUCAUUGUACAUUAGUAAAUGUGAAUUUUUACUCUCGCUAGAUUUUGAAUAGAAUUAUGAAGUGGCCCGUGUAUUAUACUUGCAACAAGAAAAACUACAGUGUGUCAUGUAAGUUCUUUUGCUGACGAGCCAGCUAAAACAUUGACACUGAUCAGAAAAAUACUAUUUUUGUCAAUCUGGACAAAGGGCAAGCAAACACUUUGGUUAACCUAUUCAAAGUCACUUUCAUGAGGCAUUACAGAGAAGUACCUAUGCUGUCACCUCUGAUCUUGUCAGUGUAGUUUGAAUUCACACUGAAUGUAGUGGUAGCGUUAACGCAGCUCAAACAUAAAACAAACUUGACUGUUAGAGUAUGUGAAAAUAACACUCCAGUGUCUUUGCUUCCAUUUCUGUGUUCUUAAAAUUGUUAUGUAAAUUUUACGCUUGUGUGUUAUGUGUUUGUUGAUAUCGUUGUUUUAAUUUUACAUUUUUUAAUCCAGCUUUUAAAAUUCAGGUUGAUUUCUGGUUUUAAAAAAAGGAAAAAUAAACUGAAGGACUUCUAAACCAGA